AUGGGAAACGACAUCGACAAGAACUUAUCGGCGGAUGCCGAUCUCGGAGCCACUGAGAAACAGCAAACAACCACUUUAAGCUUAACAAGCAAUGAGUCUGAGCAACCAAGUCCUUCUCAAGAUACUGGGAGACCGUCAAUUUGGAAACGGGCAUACACUAUCAUAACAUGGACACCUCCAAAUUGUCGAUGGGAUGCGGAGAAACCUCCCAAAUUCUCGACGGCACUGAACUUAAUUUUCUCAUUCGCUGGAGGAAUUACAGUUGCAAAUCUAUAUUACAGCCACCCUAUCCUCAACAUUCUUGCCGAAGAGUUUGGAGUGGAUUACGCUCAUGUGAGCAUCAUCCCUACGCUCGCCCAAGCUGGCUAUGCCGUUGGAUUGCUCUUCCUCUGCCCACUGGGCGAUUUAUUCAAGAGAAGACCAUUUGUGUUGAGUCUAGUCCUCUUCACAGCGACCAUGUGUAUCGGACUCUGUGUAACGAGCUCAUUGGCAGUCUUCAGUGCCAUUCAAUUCAUCAUCGCAGUAACAACCGUCACACCCCAACUCAUGAUGCCGCUAGUAGGCGAUCUCGCGCCUCCGGAACGUCGAGCAACCGCAUUAUCGAUUGUCGGGAGUGGUCUUUCAAUGGGUAUCCUCAUCGCAAGGCUAUUGUCUGGGAUUGUAACGCAAUACACUUCCUGGCGAACCAUCUACUGGCUUUCCGUGGGUCUGCAAUACCUGAUUUUCAUCCUCCUAUGGCUAUUCAUGMCUGAUUAUCCCUCCACCAACCCCAGUGGACUGAACUACUUCAAAAUGCUCUGGUCGAUCCUCGUCAUGUUCACGAAACAUCCCGUGCUGGUCCAGGCGAGUUUGAUAAGUUUCUUCAUUUCCGCUACUUUUACCAAUUUCUGGACGACGCUCACUUUUCUCCUCUCUGGAGCGCCAUACAAUUAUAAUCCUCUGGUGAUUGGGCUCUUCGCUUUGGUUGGAAUUUCGGGAAUGUUAUGCAGUCCGGUUUACGCAAGACUUGUGAUUGAUCGGUUUGUUCCGCUUUUUAGUGUCGUGUUGGGAAUUCUUUGGUGUCUUGUGGGAAUUACUAUUGGAACGUAUACUGGAACUUUCACUGUCGCUGGUCCGAUUCUGCAGGCUUUCUUUGCGGAUCUUGGGAUGAUUUCAAGUACGGUGGCUAUGAGAUCUUCUAUUUUUGCCGUUGAGCCGAAGGGACGCAAUAGAAUCAAUACAGGCUUCAUGGUCGCUACGUUUUUUGGACAAUUGACUGGAACUUCCGUUGGGUCACGUCUGUACGAAGAAUCCGGAUGGAUUGCAAGUGGGAGCUACAGUGUUGGGAGUAUAGGUGUUGCACUGAUUUUUGUCCUGAUGCGCGGUCCGUGGGAGGAUGGCUGGGUGGGGUGGCAUGGCGGGUGGAGUAUUUUGAAGAAGAGCAAAAACUCUGCGGAUGGCAAGACCGAAGAGGCAAGAAGUCAUCUGAGGGGGAAAGAGACGGGAGAGGGCACAGUUGAGGAUGGUCUGGCUCCCAACCACCGGGAUCUUCACGAGCAUCAUCAUCACGGUGAGGAUGAUCAAGUGGCUGUCACUGCCACGAAUGCUGGGAAGAGCUUGGAAAUGAUGGCGGCUGAGAAUACUAGUGAUGGAAUAACCGGAGCGGAGAAACGGGUAGAUGUUCCUCGGAUUACAGCGAAGCAAUCGACAGAUAAGGAGAGGCUGUAG